CUACCUCAAUUAGAAAGGCGUGCAUUCGCAAGCCGAAAGGUCUGUACAUUUCUGACCUGUGAGACCUCCGGUCAUCAACUAGCGUCGUUGGCCGAGCUUCCCCUACGUUUCCGUAACAAGAUCGAUCGAUCAGAAACAAAUCCUCUCUCUCUCUCUCUCUCCGGUUGUUGUUGCUGUAGGCAAGUACAGAUUUCAAACUCUGCUUUUACUUUUUCAAAAAGAGUAUUAGGUGCAGAGGAAUAAAGAAAUAGGUGCAGAGGAAUAAAGAAAGAAAGAAAGAAGCAAACAAGGAAGACUCAAUCAACGUGUCAGAUCCGUCACGCUACUGGUAGAAUUGGAAUGAGAUUCUGAAAUCUACUGUUUUCUCCACUAGGAUAAUUAUUUAGUUGUGUGGCGUUGAUCUUUGUUUGAGGGGGUUUCGUAGAAAACGAUGGCGAGCUAUUUGAAGGAUUUUGAGGAGGUGAAAUCGAAGAACUCGUCGGAGGACACGCUUCAGAGAUGGAGGAAGGCCUGUUGGCUCGUUAAGAAUCGUAAACGUAGGUUUCGAUUCACUGCUAAUCUCUCCAAGCGUUGCGAAGUUCGCGAGAUUCAACGCUCCAAUCAGGAGAAGCUUAGGAUUGCAGUUUUGGUUUCUCAAGCUGCGAUUAAUUUUAUCCAAGGUGCAACAUACAGUGUGCCAGAAGAAGUCAAAGUUGCAGGUUUUCAAAUUUGUGCUGAUGAGUUAGGAUCCAUUGUUGAGGGCCAUAAUUUGAGGAAGCUGAAAGUUCAUGGCGGGAUUGAGGGUAUUGCAGAAAAGCUCUCAACAUCAACCACCAAUGGAAUUUCUACUUCUGAGGAUUCUCUAAAACGAAGAAAAGAUACAUAUGGAGUCAAUAAAUUUGCUGAAAGCCCAGUCAGGGGUUUCUGGAUAUUUGUAUGGGAAGCCCUCCAAGAUACAACGCUCAUGAUACUGGCCGUUUGUGCCUUUGUGUCUUUGAUUGUUGGCAUAAUAACGGAAGGAUGGCCUAAGGGUGCCCAUGAUGGACUUGGAAUUGUUGCAAGCAUUCUGUUGGUUGUAUUCGUCACUGCUACGAGUGAUUAUAAACAGUCAUUACAGUUUAAGGAUUUGGAUAAGGAGAAGAAAAAAAUUACGAUUCAGGUUACUAGAAAUGGGUAUAGGCAAAAAAUCUCAAUAUACGAUCUACUUCCCGGUGAUAUUGUUCAUCUUGCUAUUGGGGAUCAGGUUCCAGCUGAUGGACUUUUUGUUUCUGGAUUUUCUGUGUUGAUUAAUGAAUCAAGUUUAACAGGAGAGAGCGAACCAGUUAAUGUGACUGCUCAGAAACCUUUUCUCUUAUCUGGAACUAAAGUUCAGGAUGGGUCUUGCAAAAUGCUUGUUACUACUGUUGGGAUGAGAACUCAAUGGGGCAAAUUGAUGGCUACUCUUACUGAGGGAGGAGAUGAUGAGACUCCAUUGCAGGUCAAACUAAAUGGGGUGGCAACCAUUAUUGGCAAAAUAGGCCUUUUUUUUGCUGUUAUCACUUUUGCUGUUCUUGUGCAAGGAUGGUAUAGCCGCAAAAUGCUAGAAGGGUCUCACUGGAGCUGGUCUGGAGAUGAUGCCCUGGAAAUGCUGGAAUACUUUGCUAUUGCAGUUACUAUUGUUGUUGUUGCAGUUCCUGAGGGGCUGCCUUUAGCGGUGACAUUGAGCCUUGCAUUUGCCAUGAAGAAGAUGAUGAAUGAUAAGGCACUUGUCCGCCAUCUGGCUGCUUGUGAGACUAUGGGAUCGGCCACUACGAUUUGUAGCGACAAGACUGGGACGCUAACUACAAACCACAUGGCUGUUGUAAAAGCAUGCAUUUGUGGGGAAAUCAAAGAAGUUAGUGGAUCUGUAAAGAAAUCUGUUCUCUGCUCUGGAAUUCCUGAUUUUGCUAUGACAAUUCUACUUCAAUCCAUACUUAACAACACUGGGGGAGAAGUGGUUAAGAAUAAGGACAACAAAACUGAGAUCCUGGGAACACCUACUGAAACUGCACUUUUGGAAUUUGGGCUCUUGCUUGGCGGGGAUUUCCAAGCAGAGCGACAAGCAUCAAAGCUAGUGAGAGUCGAGCCAUUCAAUUCUGCGAAGAAGAGGAUGGGGGUAGUUUUGGAGCUUCCAGGAGGAAGUUUCCGGGCCCAUUGUAAAGGCGCUUCUGAAAUAAUUUUGGCUGCAUGUGAUAAGAUCAUAGACUCGAGUGGUGAGAUUGUUCCUCUCGUUGAAGCUUCGACUAAGCAUCUGAAGGAUACAAUUGACCAAUUUGCUAACGAAUCUCUUCGAACUCUAUGUCUUGCAUAUAUGGACAUGGGAAGUGAGUUCUCUGCUGAGAGCCCAAUUCCCCUUGAGGGAUAUAUUUGUUUAGGAAUUGUUGGCAUUAAAGAUCCAGUUCGUCCUGGUGUCAAGGAGUCUGUUGCAAUUUGUAGGUCUGCUGGCAUUACUGUGCGGAUGGUAACAGGAGACAACAUAAACACCGCGAAGGCAAUUGCCAGAGAAUGUGGAAUUCUCACUGAUAGUGGUAUAGCUAUUGAAGGCCCAAUAUUCAGGAUGAAAAGUGAGGAGGAGUUGUGUGAAAUUAUUCCAAAUCUUCAGGUAAUGGCUCGAUCUUCUCCAUUAGAUAAGCAUACACUCGUGAAACAUUUACGAACCACAUUUCAAGAAGUUGUUGCUGUGACGGGAGAUGGUACAAAUGAUGCUCCGGCACUCCAUGAAGCAGAUAUUGGCCUUGCAAUGGGCAUUGCUGGGACGGAGGUGGCUAAAGAGAGUGCUGAUGUCAUAAUUUUAGAUGAUAAUUUCUCCACAAUUCCAACUGUGGCGAAAUGGGGACGCUCAGUAUACGUAAACAUUCAGAAAUUUGUUCAGUUUCAGCUGACAGUGAAUAUUGUUGCCCUGAUUGUCAAUUUUUCUUCAGCCUGUUUAACAGGAAAUGCUCCCCUCACUGCGGUUCAGCUUCUAUGGGUCAAUAUGAUCAUGGAUACACUAGGAGCACUUGCACUUGCCACUGAACCUCCUAACAAUGACUUAAUGAAGCGGUUACCAGUUGGAAGGAAAGGGAACUUCAUUAGUAAUGUGAUGUGGAGGAACAUUUCAGGGCAAUCUUUAUAUCAGCUGAUAGUAAUAUGGUAUCUGCAGACAGCAGGAAAGGCAGUCUUUCAUAUCCAUGGCCCGGAUUCUGAUUUGAUUCUUAACACAAUCAUUUUUAACUCAUUCGUAUUUUGCCAGCUUUUCAACGAGAUCAGCUCAAGAGAUAUGGAGAAGAUAAAUGUCUUCAAGGGCAUACUGAAUAACUAUGUCUUUGUGGCUGUACUCAUUUCCACGGUCUUCUUCCAAAUUGUUAUUGUUGAAAUUCUGGGUACUUUUGCAAACACUUCCCCCCUCAGUUUACACCAGUGGUUUGCAAGCGUUUCCAUCGGAUUCCUUGGCAUGCCAAUUGCUGCUGCCGUUAAGAUGAUCCCGGUGGGAUCAACAUGAACUCAGCUGAAGUGAAUGGGGGCGCAUUGUGACUCAAUUCCCUGAGAUUUCUCUCGUGGAAGUGCUUUUCUACCACAUUUACACUACUAUCAUCACUGGAGUUGAUAGCAUCUUUCAUACAGUAAAAGCUGAAGCGUUGCAAAUUCAAAUGCUUAAGAUCACCCACAUAUACAGCUGCAAAAGUUAGGUAAUUUUUGUAAGCAUCUUUUUUAGACUUUCAUCUAACAUUUUCUUUGAAGUAUGGUCUGACAGAACACUUAGAAGGGUUACAAUUGGAUUUCUUCCUAAAUCUAAUUGAUUUUGUAGACUAUACCUUUUGAUUUUUUCAUGUGUUCAUUCAGUGUUCUAGUGGUUGAUCAUGUAUUUGUUGGAUUAUUUGCAUUUAUUUUCUGAACUUUGGGUUUGGUUUUGAGUAAUAUAUUGGGCAUAUUUGGA